CCUCACCACAGUCCACAACUCCAAAAACUUCCCGGCGCACGUUAGGCCUCUCCGCCAUCUAAUCCUACACUAGCAUUCAAAAACCGCCUGGCAUCCCAGCACAGCCGUGGGAUCGCGGCGAGGCCACAUCAUGGACGCGCUCUUCGACUCGAUCAAUGUCCGGGAUCUUCUCUGUGCCCGGGACCUAUCGGACCCGACCUGCCCGCUCUCCGCACCGGAUCUCCGCCUCCUCAUCCAAAGGCUUGAGUCCCACUCGCUCCACAUCAAGUCCAAGGUCGGCUCCUACCUCCUCUCCCACCACCACCACUUCGCCUCCCUUUUCUCCCUCUGCAACGACGCCGUUUCGCACUCCGACCUCAUCUCCUCCAACCUCUCCGAUCUUCUCCGGUUUAUCUCCGACCGUCCGAUCGACGUCGAGAUUCGGGACUUGAUGGAGGAGCUGAGCGAGAAGACCAGGGAGGCGAGGACCAGGAGGGAGUUGUUGGAGCUGGCGAGGGCAGUUGUGGAAAUUAGCGAGAGAUUGAAGGGCGUGAGGGAGGGGAUCAGGAAUGGACGGCUGAAAUUCGCUGCUGAGGAGGUGAGGGAGUUGAAGAUGGCGCUUAGGGUUCGUGACGGUGGUGACGUGGCUGAUGAGAGUGUGAGAGAGAGAGAGCCGGUGGUGUACGGGCUGUUGAAGAAGGAGUGGUCGGAUUGCUUUGAACAGAUUCAAGAGGUGCUAGUGAAUUUCAUGAAAAAUGCGGUGCGCUUCGAGCGAGACACUAAUAGACUACUAGUCGGGUAUCGGCUGAGCCUUGACGGAGUUGAUGGGAUUGAGCUCCAAACAGUUCUUGAAGCCAUGGAUGUGGUGGGAAUUUUGGAUUAUGGGCUUGCUAAGGUAGCGGAUUUGAUAAUCAAGUAUGUUGUCUCGCCGGCCGUAAAUCCAGGAUCACCGAUUUCAUUUGUAGAAGAGUUAAAUCAAGACUCGAAAGGAAUGACUGAAGCAGUAUUGAAGAUAGUACCAUCAGUAGAACCUAAGAUUGAAAAUGUUGAAGGUGAGGCAAUCUAUUCAGCAAUUAUACAGCUCAUUAAGUUUAUUGGCAAAUGCAUAUGCUUUGAGAACGGUUCAUGGAUUCAAUCUUUUGGAAGAUUGACAUGGCCUAGGAUAUCGGAGCUGAUUAUUUGUAACUUUCUUUCCAAGGUUGUACCUGAGGAUGCUUCAAAACUUGCCGAUUUUCAGAAGAUCAUCGAAAGUACUUCUCAGUUUGAGACAGCUUUAAAGGAAAUUAUGUUUAUUUCAGCAUCCGAUAACAAGGAUGAAAGGUUGAGCAACUUCGCUGAAAAUGUUGAGGUUCACUUUGCAUCUAGGAGAAAGACAGAAAUCUUGGCAAAGGCUCGAAAAUUGCUUCUACAAUGCAACUUUGACGUCCCUCAAGAGUACACAAGGAGAGGUCCUAUGUUGAAGAAGGAUAGAACAGCCGUAAAUUCUUAUGAACAAGUUGUUGACCUGCUUUUUCUGUCCGAGAGGUGUGUGGUGUCUAAAGCAGCGACUCAACUUAUGGAGCUAGUGCAUCAGACACUUAAGGAUGUUUGUUUGUCUUCCACAAGAGUUGCUCUAGAAUUCUAUCGUGCGGCUAGGGAUGCUAUACUUCUCUAUGAAGUUGUCAUUCCUGUCAAGCUAGAAAAGCAGCUUGAUGGCAUCAAUCAGGUUGCUGUUCUCAUGCACAAUGACUGUCUUUAUCUAUCUCAAGAGAUACUUGGGCUUGCAUUUGAGUAUCGUUCAGACUUUCCAAGUUCCAUUAAGGAACAUGCUGUAUUUGUUGAUAUGGCUCCAAGAUUUCAUCUUAUGGCAGAAGAAAUAUUGCAGAAGCAAAUUCAGCUUAUUUUAUAUAAUUUGAAAGAGGCUGUAGAUGGUGCUGAUGGAUUCCAGAAUACCCAUCGGAAGCAACAAUUCGAAUUAGCAAAGUUUAGUAUAGAUCAGGUCAUUUUCAUUCUGGAGAAAGUGCAUAUCAUAUGGGAGCCACUAUUGCUACCUUCAACUUACAAGAGAAGCAUGUGUAUGGUUUUAGAGUCAGUUUUUUCUAAAAUUACGAGAGAUAUUCUCCUUUUGGAUGAUUUAGCAGCAGAUGAGACGCUACAGCUUCAAAGACUGAUUUAUCUGAUGUUGGAAAAUCUAUCUUCUUUGUUUGAAUCCCUGGAUGCUGUCAGCCGAAAGGAGAAGUCACGAGAGGACCCUACACCCUCUCUUGAUAAUCUCAUACCAUCUUUAUGUAAAAUCCGUAAACUGGCAGAAUUAUUAGAUAUGCCUCUCAAAUCCAUUACAACUGCUUGGGAAAGUGGAGAACUGGUCAGUUGUGGUUUUACAGUAUCAGAGGUGAAAGAUUUCAUCAAAGGCAUAUUUACAGACUCACCCUUAAGAAAAGAAUGCUUAUGGAGGAUAGAAAAUCCCAGCUUUUAAAAAUUUUAUUCAAUUUUUCCUUAAAUUUCUGCCAGAAAUAGGGGAAGAGUAAGAUAAGAUAGUAACAACUUCUCACGGCACCAAGGCACCAAAGAUAAGAGUUUAUCCGUAGGGGAAAUACAAUGAAAGAGAAAGCAAAAAAAUGUAUUCAUGAGUUCUUGUAAGCUUGUCAGUUUUUUUUUUCCUCCUCUCUUUCUAUUGGAGGUGGGGGGCUGAGGUUGAAUAGGAAACUGAGAAUGUGUUGAAAGUAUAGGUGAUGUAUAUGUAUGUAAAAUGAUUAUUGUUUUUCUUCAAGCCCAUUUAUCACCCUCACUGAAUGGAAUGGAUUGAGCUAGCAUUGCAAAGAUGGAGUCGUUUGGAGAGCAGCCAAGUUGAAUCCUUCAGCCGCACAUUGUAACAGCUCAAGCACAAAGCAACCAUCUAGCACUGUCAUUUGGACAAAUUCAUUGCUACUAAGAGUGGUUAACCCUUUGUAAAGGGUGCAUGUGUUUUUUUAAAGUUUUCUUACAAGUUAAAAGAUGGUGUUUUAAGUCAUGCAUGGUACGAUAGAAGACAUAGUGAAGCAUAUACCACUCAUGGCCAUCCAUUUGGUGAAAGCGUUUGUGAUCUUGGUGGUAAGGCCUCAGGGAGAGACUAGUUCAAGAACAUAAGCUUUUUACUUGCUUUCUUAUUCUUGUAGGCCGUGGGGGACUCCACAAAUGCACAUCGUUUUUUGUAAACAUGAUGCAUCAUUUUAAUUCGUUUGCUUAAGUUUUUCUUCAUGGAGAUCAACCAAUCUUAUUGUGGAUUGCAGUGAUUUUGAUGGUUCAUGUUGUUAUGCCAGCUUAACCAUUAGAGUCACUACAAUUCAUAAUAAGAAUGGUUGAUCUUCAUCGAAGAAAACUUAAGCAAGCGAGUAAAAAUGAUGCAUUAUGUUCACAAAAAAAUGGUUUGCAUUUAUCAGGUCCCCCACGGCCUAUGAGAAAGCGAGUAGAAAGCUUAUGUUCCCCAAUUGGUCUCCCUGGGGCCUUACCACCAUGAUGGCGAAUGCCUACGCCAAAUGGAUGACCAUAAGUGGCAUACCCUUAACCUUGUCCUCUAUCGUACUAAGUAUGACAUAAAACACUAUCUUUUAACUUCUAAGAAAACUUGAAGAAAGCGCAUGCACCUUUAACGAAAGGUCAAUCACUUAACAACAAUGAGUUUGUCCAAAUAACAGUGCUAGAUGGUUGCUUUGUGCUUGAGCUCUUACAAUGUGCUGCUGAAGGAUUCAUGUGACUUGGCUACUCUCCAAACAACCUCGUCUUUGCAAUGCAUGACUCAAUCCAUUCCAUUCGGUGAGAAUUGAUAAUGUUGUUCUACUCUUUAUACUCGAUCUGCUUAUGGGGCUUCAAUUAGGAAACGCAAAAAAGAAAUGUAGCCAAGCUUUUACCUCA